AUGAUUGAUGAUGAUGAUGAUGAUGAUGAUGAUGAUGAUGAUGAUGAUGAUGAUGAUGAUGAUGAUGAUGAUGAUGAUGAUGAUGAUGAUGAUGAUGAUGAUGAUGAUGAUGAUGAUGAUGAUGAUGAUGAUGAUGAUGAUGAUGAUGAUGAUGAUGAUGAUGAUGAUGAUGAUGAUGAUGAUGAUGAUGAUGAUGAUGAUGAUGAUGAUGAUGAUGAUGAUGAUGAUGAUGAUGAUGAUGAUGAUGAUGAUGAUGAUGAUGAUGAUGAUGAUGAUGAUGAUGAUGAUGAUGAUGAUGAUGAUGAUGAUGAUGAUGAUGAUGAUGAUGAUGAUGAUGAUGAUGAUGAUGAUGAUGAUGAUGAUGAUGAUGAUGAUGAUGAUGAUGAUGAUGAUGAUGAUGAUGAUGAUGAUGAUGAUGAUGAUGAUGAUGAUGAUGAUGAUGAUGAUGAUGAUGAUGAUGAUGAUGAUGAUGAUGAUGAUGAUGAUGAUGAUGAUGAUGAUGAUGAUGAUGAUGAUGAUGAUGAUGAUGAUGAUGAUGAUGAUGAUGAUGAUGAUGAUGAUGAUGAUGAUGAUGAUGAUGAUGAUGAUGAUGAUGAUGAUGAUGAUGAUGAUGAUGAUGAUGAUGAUGAUGAUGAUGAUGAUGAUGAUGAUGAUGAUGAUGAUGAUGAUGAUGAUGAUGAUGAUGAUGAUGAUGAUGAUGAUGAUGAUGAUGAUGAUGAUGAUGAUGAUGAUGAUGAUGAUGAUGAUGAUGAUGAUGAUGAUGAUGAUGAUGAUGAUGAUGAUGAUGAUGAUGAUGAUGAUGAUGAUGAUGAUGAUGAUGAUGAUGAUGAUGAUGAUGAUGAUGAUGAUGAUGAUGAUGAUGAUGAUGAUGAUGAUGAUGAUGAUGAUGAUGAUGAUGAUGAUGAUGAUGAUGAUGAUGAUGAUGAUGAUGAUGAUGAUGAUGAUGAUGAUGAUGAUGAUGAUGAUGAUGAUGAUGAUGAUGAUGAUGAUGAUGAUGAUGAUGAUGAUGAUGAUGAUGAUGAUGAUGAUGAUGAUGAUGAUGAUGAUGAUGAUGAUGAUGAUGAUGAUGAUGAUGAUGAUGAUGAUGAUGAUGAUGAUGAUGAUGAUGAUGAUGAUGAUGAUGAUGAUGAUGAUGAUGAUGAUGAUGAUGAUGAUGAUGAUGAUGAUGAUGAUGAUGAUGAUGAUGAUGAUGAUGAUGAUGAUGAUGAUGAUGAUGAUGAUGAUGAUGAUGAUGAUGAUGAUGAUGAUGAUGAUGAUGAUGAUGAUGAUGAUGAUGAUGAUGAUGAUGAUGAUGAUGAUGAUGAUGAUGAUGAUGAUGAUGAUGAUGAUGAUGAUGAUGAUGAUGAUGAUGAUGAUGAUGAUGAUGAUGAUGAUGAUGAUGAUGAUGAUGAUGAUGAUGAUGAUGAUGAUGAUGAUGAUGAUGAUGAUGAUGAUGAUGAUGAUGAUGAUGAUGAUGAUGAUGAUGAUGAUGAUGAUGAUGAUGAUGAUGAUGAUGAUGAUGAUGAUGAUGAUGAUGAUGAUGAUGAUGAUGAUGAUGAUGAUGAUGAUGAUGAUGAUGAUGAUGAUGAUGAUGAUGAUGAUGAUGAUGAUGAUGAUGAUGAUGAUGAUGAUGAUGAUGAUGAUGAUGAUGAUGAUGAUGAUGAUGAUGAUGAUGAUGAUGAUGAUGAUGAUGAUGAUGAUGAUGAUGAUGAUGAUGAUGAUGAUGAUGAUGAUGAUGAUGAUGAUGAUGAUGAUGAUGAUGAUGAUGAUGAUGAUGAUGAUGAUGAUGAUGAUGAUGAUGAUGAUGAUGAUGAUGAUGAUGAUGAUGAUGAUGAUGAUGAUGAUGAUGAUGAUGAUGAUGAUGAUGAUGAUGAUGAUGAUGAUGAUGAUGAUGAUGAUGAUGAUGAUGAUGAUGAUGAUGAUGAUGAUGAUGAUGAUGAUGAUGAUGAUGAUGAUGAUGAUGAUGAUGAUGAUGAUGAUGAUGAUGAUGAUGAUGAUGAUGAUGAUGAUGAUGAUGAUGAUGAUGAUGAUGAUGAUGAUGAUGAUGAUGAUGAUGAUGAUGAUGAUGAUGAUGAUGAUGAUGAUGAUGAUGAUGAUGAUGAUGAUGAUGAUGAUGAUGAUGAUGAUGAUGAUGAUGAUGAUGAUGAUGAUGAUGAUGAUGAUGAUGAUGAUGAUGAUGAUGAUGAUGAUGAUGAUGAUGAUGAUGAUGAUGAUGAUGAUGAUGAUGAUGAUGAUGAUGAUGAUGAUGAUGAUGAUGAUGAUGAUGAUGAUGAUGAUGAUGAUGAUGAUGAUGAUGAUGAUGAUGAUGAUGAUGAUGAUGAUGAUGAUGAUGAUGAUGAUGAUGAUGAUGAUGAUGAUGAUGAUGAUGAUGAUGAUGAUGAUGAUGAUGAUGAUGAUGAUGAUGAUGAUGAUGAUGAUGAUGAUGAUGAUGAUGAUGAUGAUGAUGAUGAUGAUGAUGAUGAUGAUGAUGAUGAUGAUGAUGAUGAUGAUGAUGAUGAUGAUGAUGAUGAUGAUGAUGAUGAUGAUGAUGAUGAUGAUGAUGAUGAUGAUGAUGAUGAUGAUGAUGAUGAUGAUGAUGAUGAUGAUGAUGAUGAUGAUGAUGAUGAUGAUGAUGAUGAUGAUGAUGAUGAUGAUGAUGAUGAUGAUGAUGAUGAUGAUGAUGAUGAUGAUGAUGAUGAUGAUGAUGAUGAUGAUGAUGAUGAUGAUGAUGAUGAUGAUGAUGAUGAUGAUGAUGAUGAUGAUGAUGAUGAUGAUGAUGAUGAUGAUGAUGAUGAUGAUGAUGAUGAUGAUGAUGAUGAUGAUGAUGAUGAUGAUGAUGAUGAUGAUGAUGAUGAUGAUGAUGAUGAUGAUGAUGAUGAUGAUGAUGAUGAUGAUGAUGAUGAUGAUGAUGAUGAUGAUGAUGAUGAUGAUGAUGAUGAUGAUGAUGAUGAUGAUGAUGAUGAUGAUGAUGAUGAUGAUGAUGAUGAUGAUGAUGAUGAUGAUGAUGAUGAUGAUGAUGAUGAUGAUGAUGAUGAUGAUGAUGAUGAUGAUGAUGAUGAUGAUGAUGAUGAUGAUGAUGAUGAUGAUGAUGAUGAUGAUGAUGAUGAUGAUGAUGAUGAUGAUGAUGAUGAUGAUGAUGAUGAUGAUGAUGAUGAUGAUGAUGAUGAUGAUGAUGAUGAUGAUGAUGAUGAUGAUGAUGAUGAUGAUGAUGAUGAUGAUGAUGAUGAUGAUGAUGAUGAUGAUGAUGAUGAUGAUGAUGAUGAUGAUGAUGAUGAUGAUGAUGAUGAUGAUGAUGAUGAUGAUGAUGAUGAUGAUGAUGAUGAUGAUGAUGAUGAUGAUGAUGAUGAUGAUGAUGAUGAUGAUGAUGAUGAUGAUGAUGAUGAUGAUGAUGAUGAUGAUGAUGAUGAUGAUGAUGAUGAUGAUGAUGAUGAUGAUGAUGAUGAUGAUGAUGAUGAUGAUGAUGAUGAUGAUGAUGAUGAUGAUGAUGAUGAUGAUGAUGAUGAUGAUGAUGAUGAUGAUGAUGAUGAUGAUGAUGAUGAUGAUGAUGAUGAUGAUGAUGAUGAUGAUGAUGAUGAUGAUGAUGAUGAUGAUGAUGAUGAUGAUGAUGAUGAUGAUGAUGAUGAUGAUGAUGAUGAUGAUGAUGAUGAUGAUGAUGAUGAUGAUGAUGAUGAUGAUGAUGAUGAUGAUGAUGAUGAUGAUGAUGAUGAUGAUGAUGAUGAUGAUGAUGAUGAUGAUGAUGAUGAUGAUGAUGAUGAUGAUGAUGAUGAUGAUGAUGAUGAUGAUGAUGAUGAUGAUGAUGAUGAUGAUGAUGAUGAUGAUGAUGAUGAUGAUGAUGAUGAUGAUGAUGAUGAUGAUGAUGAUGAUGAUGAUGAUGAUGAUGAUGAUGAUGAUGAUGAUGAUGAUGAUGAUGAUGAUGAUGAUGAUGAUGAUGAUGAUGAUGAUGAUGAUGAUGAUGAUGAUGAUGAUGAUGAUGAUGAUGAUGAUGAUGAUGAUGAUGAUGAUGAUGAUGAUGAUGAUGAUGAUGAUGAUGAUGAUGAUGAUGAUGAUGAUGAUGAUGAUGAUGAUGAUGAUGAUGAUGAUGAUGAUGAUGAUGAUGAUGAUGAUGAUGAUGAUGAUGAUGAUGAUGAUGAUGAUGAUGAUGAUGAUGAUGAUGAUGAUGAUGAUGAUGAUGAUGAUGAUGAUGAUGAUGAUGAUGAUGAUGAUGAUGAUGAUGAUGAUGAUGAUGAUGAUGAUGAUGAUGAUGAUGAUGAUGAUGAUGAUGAUGAUGAUGAUGAUGAUGAUGAUGAUGAUGAUGAUGAUGAUGAUGAUGAUGAUGAUGAUGAUGAUGAUGAUGAUGAUGAUGAUGAUGAUGAUGAUGAUGAUGAUGAUGAAUGGAAUGUAAACGUGUAUCGCUUGAGAAAGCGUCGGUGA